UUGAAUAAUAAACAAUGACGGUUUGUGUGAACUGUGGUGUUGAGGUGCUGGAUGAGAAGGGUGAAGAGAAGAGGGAGGUGUAUGAUGAGAAGCUGUACAAGAGCACAGGAAUCAUCAAGCUCAUUGAGUGCACACAGUGCAAGGAUUAUGUAGAUAAAUAUAUAGAAUAUGAGGGUUGUUUGGUUCUGCUAGAUUUAGCUCUGCAGCACCCGCCAGCAUAUCGUCAUUCUCUGAUCAAUCAAGAGCAUCGGACUCUUAUCUACAAAAUGGCGUUUCUCACACUUAUUGUGGACAGUUACUGCAGAUGGGCAAUGGAUUCAGCUGACAGACAGUUCUUUGAACGUGAAUUUGAAUUCUACGCCAAGUUUGGUUUGGCAGUCAGCAGUUUACUAGUCAACAUAUCUAUCUGUCUUCUCAUUGUAUCAUUUUAUCAGCUGUUCAAGAUGAGUUCUGUGGCGGUUAACUACCCCCGGUUGUUUGACGGCCUACUCCUGUCCUUCUGUACUCGGUUUCUCCAGCUCCUGGCCUUGCUAUGGGGGACAGAGUCAACUCAGUUUCUCUGGUGGUUUGUAGACUUCAUCUACCUACUCACAUCUUUCAAUGUUCUUAGGAUUUUAAGUGGGUUUGGUGAGAUUCAAUCCGCUGCUGUUGCUGUUGUUUCCCAUCUAGCUCUUCAUCUAGUGGACUUCAAUGGACAUCUACUGUUAUAGAUCUACUAGCUGCUGUUGCAGCUCUUAUCAUCUAGUUCUUCAUCUAGUGGAGUUCAAUGGACAUCUGCUGUUAUAGAUAUGCUAGCUGCUGUUACUGUUGUUUUCCAUCUAGCUCUUCAGGUUUGCAAGCUGAUUUCUCAUCUUACUUAAUCCUGUGGGACUUGGAUUUCCAACAACUGCUAUUGUUUUAAAUCUCGUGGAUGUGUACGUACAUGUUCUGUAGAUUUCCUAACGGCUGUGAAUAUAUCAACACUCAACAGUCAACACCCACCAGCCUCAAGAACUAAAAUUGAUUCGGAAUAAGAAUUAUCAAUUCAGGUUAUUUAAAUUAUUUUUCUUAUAAAAUAAUUCAGGUUUUAUUAAAACUUCAGUGACGAAGCAAAAGUGAGAGACAACAAGUGACAAGUUUGUUAAAUAACUUUGAUAAGAUUAUAAUUUAAGUUCUGUUAUUAAUUUUUGUAUGCAGUCAUAUUCAUAGCUCAUGAUCCUUCAAAAUUUGUUUUAUUGAUGUACUUGAGUUUGAUUAAAUACGUUUUUUUGUGCUUUA